CACUAGACCCCAUCCCAACUAAACUACUGAAAGAAGUGUUACAUAAAGCUGGUGAGCCUCUUCUUAAUAUCAUUAACUCCGCGUUAUCUUUAGGUUACGUCCCGAAGUCUUUCAAGUUGGCAGUUCAUCAAAAAGCAUCCAGUCUGAAACUGUAGAACAGGUUAUGAAAAGGUUUCCAUGUCAUUAAACAUUACCAUUGUAACAUUAAACAAUACCAAGACAAUCACUUUUACAAACAACAUCUCCACCUGAAUAGUUUAAAUAGUUUUUUUUUUUGCUAGUUAUCAGGAUGUGAAUUAGAAUUGUAGGCGUUCACCAGGUGAUCUGCCAUCUCUAAAAUGUAUAGUUUGCCUUAAGGUGUACAAUGACGCACAAAAACAUUUGUAAUGGUAAAAUUGUGAUUGUGGUAAAAGACUCAUCCAUUUUUAAACCAGUCUGAAUCUCUGUAAACUUUGUGUUGUGUUUCCCAACACAUUAAAUCCAACAGCCAACUUAAUAUUUGGUGAUUAUGGUGUUGGUUAUUGUCUGUUGGAGCAGUGUGAUGCUUAAUGAACAAGCCAGAGGAGACUGUGUUACACUCCAGAGAAUUAAGAAGGUGAAUGUUUACCGGACAGUUCAAUAAAGAAAAGACUCCUCAUACCGUCAUCUAGAAAUCUGAAUUACAUCAGCAGCAGAAAAGUAACGUGUGCGAUGGCCAGCAAAGGAGAAGGCAUGCAGACACAUGAACAAUAUGAUGAUGAGGUGUAUUACAUGGCUGUUGCUCUGAUGUUUUCCAAGAAGAGCCCUGAUCCUAACACAAAGGUGGGUGCGUGCAUCGUAAACGAGGAGAAAAAAAUUGUUGCAGUCGGUUUCAACAAAAUGCCCAAUGGCUGUGAGGAUAAACUUCCAUGGGAGCGUGAAGCUAAGAAAAGACUGGACAAUAAGCAUUUGUACGUGUGUCAUGCGGAGCUGAAUGCCAUCAUGAACAAAACCUCAGUGGAUGUGAAAGGAUGCACCAUAUACGUCACUCUGUUUCCCUGUAACGAGUGUGCUAAGGUCAUCAUCCAAUCAGGUAUAAAAAAUGUGGUUUAUUUAUCCAAUAAAUAUGCUGAAAGAGAUGAAACAAAGACUUCUGUCCGACUGCUGAAUGGAGCAGGUAUUUUGCAAAGGCAGUUUCACUUAAAGCAGGAGCUUGCCAACUUGCUGAACCCCAUCAAUAUCGUUGCUGAGUGAAUAAGACCAGGACGGAGCUCUGAAUAUUACUAAAACAUUUAACGUUCCCAAAAUACUGAGAGGAAAAAUCCUAGUGAUGUUCAGUAGACUUCAAAGUAAUCGUGGGUGAAAAUGGCUUAAAUACUUCUAUAUAACUGAAAUCUUUAUUGGACUUUAUUUAAUCAAACUCUUGUUUUAACUUCUUGAUUAUUUUGGUGGAGGGAAAAUUAAGAUCACUAUAUUAACUAUUUCAAAUGAAUCUGUAUUUACCUACAAAUUACUGAUUAUUAAUUAUUACUAUAUAACUGUAACCACAUUUAAAUAAACAUUUAAUCAUCCUCA